ACAAAUUACUGUGCAACUUCUCUCUGGCUCCGGGGUUUUUUUCUCUCCCCCUCCUCUCUAUUUUCUUCUCCUCACUCCCUCUCCCUCUUUUUUAGUUCUCGUUUAAUUACUUUUUUCGGAAGCUUUUCCUCUUUCUUCUGCUCUGUUCACCUGGGAGCAGCGGACGCAAGUCACACACAAGCUCUCUAGAAGUUAACAAAGAACAACAACAACAAAAUAGCUCUGUUAAGAAUCAGGGGGAGACAGAGAGAGAGAGGAGGGGUGUGCGUGUGUGUGUGCCGGAGAGAGAGAAGGACAUUUCUGAGUGCUCUGCACACUCCUCCUCCUUGCAAAGUGAAGCAGCAAGUUUGCCUUGCACCUGUUUGAGCAGCUUGAAUCCAGAUCGCCAGCAAGCCCUGAAAGUGGUUUUCAAAGGAGAAAGUUUUUUUGCCUAAGGUGUUCCCGGGUGUGCUUUUUUUUUUUUUUUUUUUUUUUUGUCUUUUCUCGUCCCUUCCUUCUUGGCUCUCUGUGUUUGAUAUUUUUAUGCUUGGUGCCGGUGGAAAAUAAAAAGCUACUUGAAUGUACAGCAUGAUGAUGGAAACGGACUUGCACUCCCCCGGCGGAGCCCAGGGCCCCACUAAUCUAACGGGCCAGACCGGAGCGGGAGGCGGCGGAGGCGGCGGCGGCGGUGGGAACAAAGCGAACCAAGACCGGGUCAAGAGACCCAUGAAUGCCUUCAUGGUGUGGUCCCGGGGCCAGCGCCGGAAGAUGGCCCAGGAGAACCCCAAAAUGCACAACUCGGAGAUCAGCAAGCGCCUGGGGGCCGAGUGGAAAGUCAUGUCGGAGGCCGAGAAAAGACCCUUCAUCGACGAAGCGAAGCGACUUCGGGCGCUGCACAUGAAGGAGCAUCCGGAUUAUAAAUACCGGCCCCGCAGGAAGACCAAGACCCUGCUCAAGAAGGACAAGUACUCGCUGGCCGGGGGGCUGCUCAGCGCCGGCUCGGCGGGGGGCGGCCCCGCCGGGGUCGGGGUGGGCAUGGGGGUCGGGGUGAGCCCUGCCGGCGUGGGCCAGCGGCUGGAGAGCCCCGGCGGCACGGCCAGCGGGGGAUACGCGCACAUGAACGGCUGGGCCAACGGCGCCUACCCGGGCUCUGUGGCCGCGGCGGCGGCGGCGGCCGCGAUGAUGCAGGAGGCGCAGCUUGCCUACGGGCAGCACCCGGGUAGCGGCGGGCACCCGCACCAUCCGCAUCCGCACCACCCGCACCCGCACAACCCGCAGCCCAUGCACCGCUACGACAUGAGCGCGCUGCAGUACAGCCCCAUCUCCAACUCGCAGGGCUACAUGAGCGCCUCUCCCUCGGGCUACGGGGCCAUCUCCUACGGCGCCCAGCCCCACCAGAACUCGGCCGCAGCGGCAGCGGCGGCCGCUGCCGCGGCGGCGGCUUCCUCCGGAGCUCUGGGCGCCUUGGGCUCGCUGGUCAAGUCGGAGCCCAGCGUGAGCCCGCCCGUCACCUCGCACUCACGGGCCCCGUGCCCCGGGGACCUGCGGGAGAUGAUCAGUAUGUACUUACCGGCCGGAGAAGGAGGGGACCCGGCUGCGGCUCAGAGCCGGCUUCACUCCCUGCCCCAGCAUUACCAGAGCGCCAGCACGGGGGUCAAUGGCACGGUCCCCUUGACACACAUCUGAGCCGGGAGGGAAGGAGAGGGACAGAAACUUGCAUUGAACCCGGCUGAACUGUACCUCUGUCUGCCUGGCCGCCGCCACCACUCCCCUCCCCAGCGCACACACCCGCCGGCUCCCUUUUUGUACAGAAAAUGUUUGGAUGUUCUUGUAAUAACAAAUAAUAAUAAUAAUAAU